AUGUCUCUGCAGGACAGAGGCUACAAUUUCACACCAGACAACACACUAGGGGCGCUGGUCCUGGGACUCGCUGCAUCGUGUUUUGUGUAUGGAAUUUGCGUCGGGGUGUCCCUUGGAUCGGUUAGACUCACGAAAGCUCACCACAGUCUCCUCACGCAAGUUUGGACUUACUACCACCGGUACCUGUACGACGCACGGCGGUACAAGUUUUUGGUCGGCCUGAUUGUCUUGCUCGAAACAGUCGACCAAGGUUUUAUUACCCACUUUGCAUAUUAUUACACAGUGACGAGUGCGGGGAAACCGCUCUCGAUGGCGACGGGGAACAUGAAGUGGUCUCCGGUCCUACAGCAGAUGAUCGGGAAUCUUGUGGGCAUCACUGUAAAAUGCGUGUUCGCGGUUCGAGUGUACCGUUUCAGCCAGCGGAACCUCUGGAUCUCGUCUCUCAUCGUUGUCCUCAGCCUCAGCCAACUCUGUUUCUCUCUCUGGUUCACGGUCAAAGCAUUCGAGAUGCUCUCUAUUUCCGCCGUGUUCGGCCUUGAAAUACCCGCCACGACCUCCCUCGCGCUGGGCGUUUUCACAGACAUAACAAUCGCUGCCUCGCUAUCUUUCUUCCUGCGGCGUCUGCGGAGCGGGAUCGCCAGAACAGACUCGUUGGUGCGCCGACUCGUGCGAGACGCGAUCAACAUCGGCAUUCUCACUUCCACCGUCAGUCUCACAACGCUCUUGUUGUUUGAUCUUUCCACGGGUAAUCUCGUAUUCGGGGCCACCUACUUUCUCCUCUCCAAACGUGCGUAG